ACUGAAGUCACUCCCUGUGAGUGUGAGUGUGCGUGCGAGGUUGCAAUCAAGAAAUGGGAAGUGUUGCAAGAAUAACGAAGCCCUAUCGCGCUGCCAUGAAAAAAGAUUGGGAAAGCUUGAAAAGGUACUACGAGCAACAUCCUGAAGCUGUAGGUUUUCCGUUGACUGUCACCAAGGACACUGUACUUCACAUUGCAGUCCACAGUAAUGACAAGAAACUGCUCAAACAUUUACUGGAUAUCGCACCACCAUUCAGUUACAAGGUAUCUGAUAUCUAUGGAAAUAAUGCUGUUCACGAGGCAGCGGCCACAGGCAAUGUGGAAAUGGCCAAGAUCCUGUUGAAUUUUGAUAGAGAGCUCCAUUGCAGCACAAUAAAUGAUGGACAGAAAAACGAGUAUUGUUCUGACGAGCUACUCCAAAUCACGAACAAUAGAGGAGAAACUGCGCUCUUCAGGGCUGCUGCAUUUGGCAGAACCAAAAUGGUGAGGUUUUUGUGUUCUAAAAUUAAGAACAAGGAUGUUCAUCGUAGGAGACGCGAUUCAACCUCCAUUCUUCAUAUUGCGGUCCUUGGCAGAUACUUUGAAACAGCAUCGCAUCUGGCAUUAUGGGAUGCACACCUUCCGGGGGCGGUGGAUGAGAAUGGCAUGUCAUGUCUUCAACUGCUUGCUAGCAUGCCAUCUGCUUUCAAGAGUGGAUAUCCCAUGGGAAUGCUGCGGAAACUUCUUUAUUUUUGCCUUCCAGAUAUUGGCGGUGAUGAUGAUAAGGAGCUGGGUGAUAGUGAUGAUGACAAGGAGCUGGAUGAUAGUGACGACGUCAAGGAAAGUGGAAAGCUCCAUUCGAGUCAGGGACAAGAUUUGGAGAGUGGCCAUGGCAGGAUUCUCUCCCACCAAUCCAGCAAUUCUGCUUCAGCAAUUUCAAAGAUUUACCAUGGCGUAUUGAGGUGCAUGGCUAAGGGAUUUCCAGGUAUUAGAAAAUUGUGGGGCAUAAAAAAGAAGCAAAAAGGAGUGCUUGAACUUGUCCAAAUAUUAGCUGAAACAGACUUGACAUGGUGGAAUGUAGACCAUGGGAGGUCUGGCUAUAAAAUCCUCUCUCAUGGCAAGGUAGAUGAAGCAGAAACAGAAGAAGAGUAUCAGUUCCCUUCGGAUCCUCCUGAGCAAAUUGAAACCACCUCUCCUAAGGAGACUCCUCUUAUUGCAGCAGCAAGACAUGGGAUCGUGGAGAUUAUAAAAGCUAUUCUUGAUGUGUAUCCGCAGGCUAUAGAGCACAUCAAUGAGAAGGAUGAAAGCAUUUUUCAUGCUGCAGCCAGAUGCCAUGGGAAAGAAAUUUUGGACCUUCUUCCAUCUUCUUAUGCUUUAAUGCCGAGGCUUGGGAGGAGAAUCACUCGUAAUGGUGACAGUAUUUUGCAUCAAGCUGCAUACCUAGGUGGGACUCAUCAUAGAGACAGACCAGGAGACGCCCUACGCAUGCAGUCCGAUAUUCAGUGGUUUAAGAGGGUGAAGAAAAUUGUGCCUGCAUAUUUCGUCAAUCAUCGGAACGAGAAAGGACAGACAGCCCAAGAAUUGUUCACCACUGAACACAAAAGGUUGGUGAAAGACGGGAGUAAGUGGCUAAUGCGAACAACACAGGCUUGUACUCUAGUUGCAGUUCUAAUUGCCACAGUUGCUUUCACCUCUGCCUACACAGUUCCAGGAGGUUCCAACUCAAAGACAGGCCAUCCUUUGCUUAUCGACACGACUCCGUUUCAUGUCUUCACAAUCUCAGACACAAUAUCAUUGUGCUUUGCCCUCACUUCGGUGGUGGUGUUUCUGUCCAUCAUGACAUCCAACAUGAACGAACAAGAUUUCAAGACGUCUCUUCCUUUGAAGCUUGUCCUGGGUUUAACUACUUUAUUUUUUGCUGUGACGGCAAUGAUGGUUGCUUUCGCAGCAACUCUUGUGCUUAUGAUCAGCCAGAGACUUCAUUGGGCUGCAAUUCCAAUUUACACAGUUGCUUGCUGCCCAGUGACAAUCUUCCUUGUGCUUCAGUUCCCUCUUUAUCUCAAUAUUGCUUGGUUUACUGUGAGGGGUAUGCUAUCGAGUUUCAUUGACUCUCUAACUUGUUCACAAGUAUGAAAUAUUGUUGCUGAUGAGCUUCUGGCUACAAGGUAGCAAGUCUUGUGGAAUUUGUUGUUUCUCCAUUUGAUGAAUGUUUUCAGAAAUAUUGUACGGAAAAAUAUACCCCUCCCCAUAAUUCGGUCAAGAUUUUACGUUCUCAUUUGUGGA